UCUCCGACUUUGUCGAUGAGAAGAAUUCGCCUUGUCUGCUUGCCAGUUCUGUUUGCCCCGGUGCCCAAUUUAUUCACCCUUUUCUGCAACUGGGUCUCCAAUUUUGGCCCCAAUUCUGCAUUUUUCGUCUUGCCCACGGUUCGAUUUAGAUCGUGCUUUCUACCUAACGUUUGAUGAGAAACACCCCGCUUUUCUUCUUGUUUUUUUUUUUUGCUUGAGGUUUGGUGCCUGAUUAUCGGUUUGGUUAUUCUCGGUUUUAUGUGCUCUGAUGGUUUGCAUAUUUACUUGGGUGAGUAUGAGUUCGGGCGAAGUUCGGAACAUCGGAUCAGUUGUUUCUUGCCUCUUGUGCGGUCUGCUUCUGGAUCAAACUUGUGCUUCUCUUUUGGCCCUUUUGUAUGGGGACAAUCAAUUGUAUAUUUGGACUCGGGAAAACUUUGUGCAGAAUUCGGGGUUUUGUUCGCAUUAUAGUAUUGGAGGAUAGAAAAUGGCAGGGGAGGAAGAUACCCCCUUGUCACCACCCCAGCUAAGCGGAAUGCAUGAAAAAUGGAAGCAUGAUAUGGAGCUAAGGCAAUCUCAGGUGGACGUUCUUCAGGCAAGGCUUCAAGAGAUGAAGACUUGCAUACGCGAGUCUGAGGAAGAUGCAAGGAAGGAGAUCGAAGUACUGUGGAGAAGGGUGAAAACAGCUGCAACUGUUUUGACUUACUUAAAAUCGAAAGCCAGAGUGAUGGCAGUCCCUGACUUAGCCUAUGCUUCAUGUGGCAUUAGACAGUCAGACGAGGAGGAGGGACUCAUCGAUCGUGAUGGAAUCCCAAUGUCAAGUUGGUCAACGACUGUCAAUCUGGAUCUCUCCUCCUUUGAUGGUUCUGACGAAGAUUCCUUGAUCAGGAUUGAUGAGCACGAUGGGGGUUAUAUUGGGGAUUUACUAAAGUCUGUGAAUAUGGUCACAGAGGUUAUGGAAAACCUCGUCAAGAGGGCUGUGAUUGCAGAGACUGAGACUCUAGUGGAGAAGGAAAAGGUGAGCCUGGGCCGGGAGGAGAUUAAGAGGAAAGCAGUUCAAAUCGAGACAAUGUCCUUGAAGCUGGAGGAGAUGGAGAGGUUCGCUUUUGGAACAAACAGUAUACUGACUGAGAUGAAGCAGAGGGUCGAGGAUUUGGUUGAGGAGACCUCGAGGCAGAGGCAGAGGGCCGCAGAGAAUGAGCUCGAGCUCUGUCGAGUUAAGCGGGACUUUGAAUCUCUGAAGUCUUACGUUAAUAGUCUGAUUAGUGUGAGAGAGACGCUGCUUUCUUCAGAGAAGCAGUUUCAGACUAUUGAGAGGCUCUUUGAACGACUGGUAGCAAAGACAUCCCAAUUAGAGAGUGAGAAGUCUCAGAAGGAGGCUGAAGUGAAUAAGCUGGUGGAAGAGAACGUGAGGCUGACAGCUCUUCUUGAUAAGAAAGAGGCACAACUCUUGGCGAUGAACGAGCAGUUUAAGGUGAUGGCUCUCAGCUCCUCUCUUAUGUAAGUUCACUCUUUUUGUUUGGAAACCAAAUGAAAUGACGUGGUGAGUCCCGUGAUUCAGAUUGACUAUUUUCUUCAAAGUUUGUGCAACUGUGAAGAGCUCAUCAGUUUUCUUUGUUUGGAGAUAUUUGUAAGUCGGUGAAAUGAACACAAAAAAUUGUACGUAACGAAAUGUGUCUGCUACUGCAAUGCAAAAGUUCGUGAGUUUAUAUAGAACGUUCAAGGCCAGCAUCAUGUUU